CACAUGAUACGCAGUAUAUAACGGCUUUAAUGUCAUUUUGCAAGAUUGUUUAGCUGACAUCAGUGCUGUGACACAAACAUGGGGAAGAUAAUAUUCUACGAGGACAGGAACUUUCAAGGGAAGUUCCACGAGUCCUCUGGAGACAGUGCUGACCUACAUUCUUACUUUGCUCGAUGCAACUCCAUCCGAGUAGAGAAUGGUUGCUGGGUGAUCUAUGAACGCUCCAACUACAUGGGACAUCAAUAUUACCUGAAGAAGGGGGAAUACCCUGAUUAUCAGAGCUGGUUGGGGUUAAAUGACUCCAUUAGGUCUUGCCAUUCAAUCCCUCAGCACCAUGGAUCUUACAGACUUAGGCUCUAUGACAAAGAGGACUUCCGAGGUCAGAUGAAAGAAUAUAUAAACGACUGUUCGAACAUCUUUGAAAGCUUCCGUGUACAUGAUGUCCUAUCCUGCAAUGUCCUGGAUGGAUAUUGGAUCUUUUAUGAAGAACCUGGCUUUAAAGGAAGCCAGUACUUCCUGAGACCCGGUGAAUACAGGAGAUACAACAACUGGGGAUCCAUAAAUUCUAAAGUGGGGUCUUUAAGGAGAAUAAUGGACUUUUAUUAAAAAGACCAAAAUAAAAGUUUCCUGUAAAGCAAA